UGUUCUCUUGUGUAAAUGCAGAUGAAUAUAGAGAAGCUCCAGAAGAUGGCUGGUGCCGUGCGCACUGGUGGAAAGGGAAGCGUUAGAAGAAAAAAGAAGGAUGUACACAAGACCACAACCACAGAUGAUAAAAGGCUUCAAAGCACUCUUAAAAGAAUAGGUGUUAAUGCCAUUCCAGCCAUUCAGGAGGUCAAUAUUUUCAAGGACGAUGUAGUCAUCCAGUUCCAAAACCCUAAAGUUCAAGCUUCAAUUGCUGCCAACACAUGGGUUGUUAGUGGUUCUCCUCAAACAAAGAAAUUGCAAGAUCUUUUACCUGGAAUUAUCAACCAAUUGGGACCGGAUAACUUGGACAACUUGAGGAAGCUUGCAGAACAAUUCCAGAAGCAGAUGUCUGGUGGUGCAGGUGCCAUUCCUGGAACAAUCCCUGAGGAGGAUGACAAUGAUGUGCCAGAGCUUGUGGCUGGAGAGACAUUCGAAGCCGCAGCCGACGAGGAAAAAGCAGCUUCCUAGAUAUUGCAAGGGAAAG